AUGGAAGAGAAUGUGUUCAGCGUGCAGCAGAUACAGCCCAACGUCAUCUCGGUGAGGCUCUUCAAGCGCAAGGUGGGCGGCCUCGGCUUCUUGGUGAAGGAGCGCGUCAGCAAACCACCCGUCAUCAUCUCCGACCUGAUCCGGGGAGGGGCUGCCGAGCAGAGUGGCCUCAUCCAGGCUGGGGACAUCAUUUUAGCCGUCAACAGCAAACCGCUGGUGGACGUGAGCUAUGAGACUGCGCUGGAGACGCUGAGAAGCAUCGCCUCCGAGACCUACGUGGUCCUCAUCCUGCGGGGCCCUGAGGGCUUCACCACUCACCUGGAGACCACUUUUGCAGGUGACGGGACACCAAAAACCAUCCGCGUCACCAGACCCCUCUGCCCAGCACCGAAGGUGGUUGGCUUGUCCAACCCAAGCCUGCACAGCAAAGAGCAGCCACUGCCAGCAGCCGACCGCACCAUGGGCUCCCUGUGGACAAGGGAGAUGGGGCAGGAGGUGGAGCCGAUGGUCCACGUUAAUGGUGUUGUUACCGGUGGCAAAGGGCAGGGUAGUGGAAAGGGGAAGGCGGGUGCUUGUGGCUACCCUUGCCUCAAUGGUGGCGUGGAAGACAAUGAACUUCUCAAGGAAAUUGAGCCUGUCCUGGAUCUCCUGAAGAGCAGCAGUAAGGACAGCGAUGGAGAUGCACCCUCCAAGGUAGAGACAAGAGAUAUAGAAGUCCAGGUAGACUGUUUCAGGGAAGGGGAAAACAAGCUGCAGAAAGCUUUACCGUCUGGGAUGGAGAACGACCGUGUCCUCGGUGACCUGUGGGGAAAGAGCAAUGUGCCUGUGGUCCUGAACAACCCCUACUCCGAAGCAGAGCAGCCUCCGCCAUCGGGGCGGCAGUCCCCAACCAAGAACACAGUGAACGGGAGCCCUUCCAAAUGCCCACGGUUUGUGAAAAUCAAGAACUGGGAGACAGGCUCCGUGCUCCAUGACACCCUGCACCUCAAGACAGCGAUGACCACUGCGUGCACUGAGCAGAUCUGCAUGGGCUCAGUAAUGACUCCUAGCCAGCAUGUCCGAAAGUCAGAAGAUACCAAGACAAAAGAGGAGGUGCUCCACUUGGCUAAGGACUUCAUUGACCAGUACUACUCCUCUAUAAAGAGGUCUGGCUCCAAGGCCCACAUGGAAAGGCUGGAGGAAGUGACCAAGGAGAUUGAAGCCACUGAUACCUACCAGCUGCGGGACACAGAGCUGAUCUAUGGAGCCAAGCAUGCCUGGAGGAACGCAGCCCGCUGUGUGGGCAGGAUUCAGUGGUCCAAGCUGCAGGUGUUUGAUGCCCGGGACUGCACCACAGCCCAUGGGAUGUUCAAUUACAUCUGCAACCACAUCAAAUACGCCACCAACAAAGGGAACCUCAGAUCUGCUAUUACCAUCUUCCCACAGCGGACGGAUGGCAAGCACGACUUCCGCAUCUGGAAUGCCCAGCUCAUCCGCUACGCAGGCUACAAGCAGCCCGAUGGCACUAUCCUGGGAGACCCUGCAAACGUGGAGCUGACGGAGAUCUGCAUUCAGCAGGGAUGGAAGGCACCACAUGGGCGAUUCGACAUCCUGCCUCUGCUCCUCCAAGCCAACGGCAAUGACCCAGAGCUCUUUGAAAUCCCCCCAGAGCUCGUGCUGGAAGUGCCCAUCCGACAUCCCAAGUUUGAAUGGUUUAAGGACCUGGGUCUCAAGUGGUACGGUUUGCCAGCAGUUUCCAACAUGCUCCUUGAGAUUGGUGGCUUGGAGUUUUCCGCCUGCCCCUUCAGUGGCUGGUACAUGGGCACAGAGAUUGGGGUCCGGGACUACUGUGACAACUCUCGCUACAACAUACUAGAGCAAGUGGCCAAGAAAAUGAACCUGGAUAUGAGGAAAACCUCCUCUCUGUGGAAGGACCAGGCCCUGGUGGAGAUCAACAUUGCUGUGCUGUACAGCUUCCAGAGCGACAAGGUGACCAUUGUGGAUCACCACUCAGCCACCGAGUCCUUUAUCAAGCACAUGGAGAAUGAGUACCGAUGCCGUGGGGGCUGUCCUGCUGACUGGGUGUGGAUUGUCCCACCCAUGUCGGGCAGCAUCACCCCAGUUUUCCAUCAGGAAAUGCUCAACUACCGUCUCACACCCUCCUUUGAGUACCAGCCGGACCCUUGGAAUACCCAUGUCUGGAAAGGUGUCAAUGGGACACCCACCAAGAAGAGGGCCAUUGGCUUUAAGAAGUUAGCAAAGGCUGUGAAGUUCUCAGCCAAGCUGAUGGGACAGGCCAUGGCCAAGAGGGUCAAAGCCACCAUCCUGUACGCUACCGAGACAGGGAAGUCACAGGUCUAUGCAAAAACUCUGUGUGAGAUCUUCAAGCACGCCUUCGAUGCCAAGGUGAUGUCCAUGGAUGAGUAUGACAUUGUGCACCUAGAGCAUGAAACCAUGGUCCUGGUGGUCACAAGCACCUUUGGCAAUGGAGACCCACCUGAGAAUGGAGAGAAAUUUGGCUGCGCCUUAAUGGAGAUGAAGAAUCCCAAUGCCAACCUGGAGGAGAGGAAGAGCUACAAGGUCCGUUUCAACAGCGUCUCCUCUUACUCGGAUGCACAGAAAUCCUCGAGCGAUGACCCUGACUCCAGGGACAACUUUGAAAGCACAGGGCCCCUGGCUAACGUCAGGUUCUCCGUGUUCGGGCUGGGGUCUCGAGCUUACCCCCAUUUCUGCGCCUUUGCCCGGGCAGUGGACACGCUCCUGGAGGAGCUGGGUGGAGAGAGGAUCCUCCGCAUGGGAGAAGGGGAUGAGCUCUGCGGCCAAGAGGAGUCCUUCAGGACCUGGGCCAAGAAGGUCUUCAAGGCAGCGUGUGACGUGUUCUGCGUGGGGGACGAUGUCAACAUUGAGAAAGCAAACAACUCCCUCAUCAGCAAUGACCGGAGCUGGAAGAGGAGCAAGUUUCGCCUCACCUAUGUGGCCGAGGCCCCAGAGCUCACACAAGGACUGUACAGCAUCCACAAAAAGCGUGUCUAUGCAGCACGGCUUAUCACACGCCAGAACCUGCAGAGCCCCAAGUCCAGCCGCCUGACGAUCUUCGUGCGCCUCCACACCAACGGCCACCAGGAACUGCAGUACCUGCCUGGGGACCACUUGGGAGUGUUCCCAGGGAACCAUGAAGACUUGGUCAAUGCCCUCAUUGACAGGCUUGAGGAUGCCCCUCCAGCCAACCAGCUGGUGAAGGUGGAGCUCCUGGAGGAGAGGAGCACAGCUCUAGGUGUCAUCAGUAACUGGACAGAUGAGAACCGUGUCCCACCAUGCACCAUCUUCCAAGCUUUUAAGAACUAUUUGGACAUCACCACCCCUCCCACCCCCCUAUUGCUGCAGCAGUUUGCUUUGCUGGCCACCAGUGACAAGGAGAAGAAACGUCUGCAGGUCCUUAGCAAGGGCUUGCAGGAGUAUGAGGAAUGGAAGUGGUCCAAGAACCCCACCAUCGUGGAGGUGCUGGAGGAGUUCCCCUCGGUGCAGAUGCCCUCCACACUGCUACUCACACAGCUCCCCCUCCUCCAACCACGUUACUACUCCAUCAGCUCCUCCCCGGAGAUGUACCCUGGCGAGGUCCACCUCACCGUGGCAGUGGUCUCCUACCGCACAAGAGAUGGAGAAGGACCAAUCCACCAUGGAGUCUGCUCCUCCUGGCUCAAUCGGAUACAGACUGAUGAAGUAGUGCCCUGUUUUGUAAGAGGUGCGCCCGGGUUCCACCUGCCCCAGGAUCCCCAGGUGCCCUGUAUCCUCAUUGGGCCCGGCACCGGCAUCGCCCCUUUCCGCAGCUUCUGGCAGCAGCGGCUCUUUGAGAUCCAGCACAAAGGUCUGAAGCCUUGUCCCAUGGUGCUGGUGUUUGGCUGCCGGCAGUCCAGGAUUGACCACAUUUACAAAGCGGAGACGCUCUUUGCCAAAGCCCAAGGUGUCUUCAGAGAGCUGUACACAGCCUACUCCCGGGAACCGGACAAACCAAAGAAAUACGUGCAGGACGUGCUACAGGAGCAGCUGGCCCAGACUGUGUUCAAAGCACUGAAGGAGCAGGGAGGCCACAUCUACGUCUGUGGGGAUGUCACCAUGGCCGGGGAUGUCCUCAAGACUGUGCAGCGCAUCGUGAGGCAGCAGGGCCAGCUCUCGGUGGAGGAGGCAGGAGCUUUCAUCAGCAAGCUGCGGGAUGACAGCCGGUACCACGAGGAUAUUUUUGGAGUCACCCUGCGUACGUAUGAAGUGACUAACCGCCUUAGAUCUGAGUCUAUUGCAUUCAUUGAGGAGAGCAAAAAAGACACGGAUGAGGUUUUCUGCUCCUAACUGGACCCGUCACCCCAAGGGGAUGCCAAACCAGUUCCGGCUCCUGCUGCCCCCUCCAGCCAGAGGGUUUUGUAUUUCACGGACACGGUGGCUCCUUUUCCACGGGGAACUGCCCAUGGAAAGCACUCUGUCUCUCGUCCUGUCGUUGUGUCCUGAUGAUGAUGAUGAUGAUGAUUUUUAUUUCCUUUUCUUCCUCUUUCUCUUGCUCUUGUCCUGUGGCCAUUUCUUUUCACCCCCUUUCCCUUCCCUGGAUUUCCCCACUGAAGUAUGAUGGCUUCAUAACCUGCAGUGGCUCUUAACAGAACUCCACAUUUCUCCUUCUCAUGAGGGCAUUUUGCAGCUGCAUGAAAUCACCUUUGUGAUCACCUGCAUUUUGGUGUUCAGUGGGACAGCAGAGGUGGUAGGGGCUGGGCAAUGGCUACGUCUUGUUGCUUGACCAGAGUUCCCCCUCUCCCUGGCUUGGGGCUUGGCUGAAUUCUUGCGUUUUCAUGGCUUUUCUUUGGACUUACACAGCCCUGGGCAUAUGCCUGAAGCUGGGGCAGAUGAUGUGCGAUGCCCUCGUGCCUAUGAAAUUGGUUCACCCCCAAGCAGCCUGGAUACAGGUGUCUGUUUUGAUCCCAAGGGUGGGAUGUCUCUUAUCCACAUGUCAUGAUUUCUCCUAAAUGGAUUCUGUGCUAUGUUUGCCUCCUUCUCUGCUCCCUGUUCCCCGCAAGCCUCUCCUUUUGCUUAACCCCUACUUUUGCUGGCGUGAGUCCUCCCACAGAGAAGCAACCAUCAAACACACAGGCUGAUGUGUAUGCUGGGGAAAAACUCAUGCCAUUGACUGCUGCUUGGCCAGGCUGUCCUCUGGAGGGCUUUAUAGGAUAUGUGUGACCUGCAGCAUUGAUGCUGAUGGUACAGACUGAGGGACUGGCUGCAUUCCAGAGCUUUGCAUGAUGUGAAUGUGUGAACCCUCUCCCAGGUGAGACUGAAAAGCUAUGAGGAUGGGAAAGAAGCAACUCCAACCCCACUGCAAGAGACAUCUCCUAUUUGGAAGGCAGCACCUGGAGGGUUAAGGAGGCUCCUGCUACUUGGUGAGGAUGUGCUGACCAAGGACUCUUGAAAGUCCAAAUACAGCAUUAUCUCCAUCUUAGCACAGUCCCAUGGGCAGUGCUGGGACAGCAGAGCCUGUCCUCCUCCACACCUUCAGGAGCAGAAAGUGCCAGCAUGGAGUGACCUGAGAAAUGCAUGUGGCAUCUCAGUGACAAGUCAGCCCCCUCUGUAGGCUCUGCACCAGCUGCCAGGGGCACAAGCUGUGUCUGCCAGGACAUCUCAUGUGAGAAGAGAGGUGAGAUGGGCUGCAAAGAUGCUGCAUGACUCUGGGCUCUGGCAUGCUCACACUUCAGCCCUACUGCAGAAACCAAAAGCAGUCUGUUAACACGACCACAGGAAGGUAUCAUCCCUUUUAACAGAGAAAACCUGUCUGCAAGGUAAAGCAUACAUGACCUUUGGUGUCCUUCUUCCAAAGGUUUGUCCUCCUUCAUUGCCAGGACAAGGACAGCAGAGCAGGGCUGCAGCUUUUGCUGAAGGCAGGGAUAUGGUGUUGGCAGGUGUAGAAGAUGCCCAUCCUUUCCUCCUGCCCUUGCUCUGCUGAACGCUAUGCUGAUACUUCUAUGGAGGAAAGCACCAAAACCAGCGACAGCAGAGGGCUUGUCCAGGAGCUGCAAUGGUGAGCUUGCUUUCAGAGGGCAGAGAUUAGCCACCCUGUGUCAAAGCCAGAACAAAAGCCUGCAGGAGAUUUGCUGCUAUCCCAGCCCAUGGUACAAGCUGCUCUGGCUCCCCUGGCCCCAGGCUGUCCCGUUAUCUCUACCCUCAGCCAGGACUUCCUCCUCUUUUCUGCAGCUUGGCUAGCCAUGUCUCCCCGUACUGUGAUCAUCUUCUGCAGCCUUGACUCCCUGAAUGCUUGAAAAGGCUCCAAUCCCAAAUCCAGGAGAAAAGGCACUGAAUUGAGCUCCAGGUCUCGGUUUUGCUGCUCCCACCAGAGUGGUGGAAAAUACGAACGGAUGCUGCCACUCUGUGGCCAGAGCAGGGUUUGGAGUCGGAUGCGAGGGCAGGUUUGUUUCAUUGCCUGGGGACUUUGCCACCUGGAGGUGAAAACUGGACAGGAGAGGAAAAAGGGCAGCCCACGGUCCCCCUCUGUGGGUUGUGCCUUAAUCCCAUGGCAGGCAAUGGGGUGGGGGAGCUGCGUCCCUUUGCUGUCUGUGGAAAACAGCCCUAGAGCUGUGAACACAGAACAAGCCUGGUCCUAACUCCCAGUCCUGUGACUGCAGAAACAGAGCUAAAGGGAAAAAUCAAACUCAUCCCCUUCUUUUGGGAGAUUUGCUUGUGGCUGUAGACUUUGUGCUCUGGUUCUCCUUUUAGUAGAAGGAGCAAUACAACCUGAAGAGGAGGUAGUGCCCUAGAAAAUGCCCUUGCCUUCAGCCUCUUCCUAGCUCAUCCCGUGUUGCUGGCAAUUAGUUUUCUCUUGUCCUGUAUCACCUCCCAUCUGGCAGAUGUACUGCUGCUGGAGUCUGUGUCCGAGAUGAAUUGACUUGCUUUCCCUGUACCCCAAAGCUUCCCGCCUCCAUAUCCCCCUUCCACCCACUUGUCAGUGAAAGCAGUGGGGAAGCACAGCGGAGAAGGGAAUGGGGCAUGUGCCUUGCCUUCAGUGGGAUCUGUGCAGGGGCUUGCGUCAGACAGCUAGAGCCCCCUGAAGUUCACCAGGCAUCGGGUAGGUGAGUCUUUCAGAGCCCUUUGGAAGGGAUAUGCUGUUCUAAGGGCAGCCUCUUUGCCUGGUCCUGGAGAAGAAACACCCUUCCUGCCAUGAAGGUCCAUGACUCCGGUUCAUACGUCCCCCAGGACUCUGAGCUGCCUUUCUGCUCCCUCUGCUUGAGAUGGACCGUUCGCUCCUCACAAGCUGCACCACUGGGAAUUUUGAUUCACUGGUUUUUGUUGAGUCAGUCUCAGAUAUCUCAACUUCUCCAUCCUCUCACCUGCAGGGGCUUCACACUCCCCUUGUGCCUCAUUUUCUCCCACAGCAAAGGGGAAAAUUAAUUUGUGGAUCUGCUUUAUCAUUCCACAAACGCGGCUCUUCCUCCAGUUGUCUACACCCUGCUCAUGUCAGUGUGACAGUUCUGACGUGUGGCUGUAGCUACAAUAGCUCUGGCACGGAUAAGCAGCAGAGAGCAAGGUGGGGUCAGCCACACAGUAAUGCUGUGAGCUGCUCCAGGGUGUCAUGGAUGAGAGGUUGUGCCUCUCGGGUACUUGGUUCACAGAUCUGUCACCUCCAGGUGCCUGCUGCAUAGCCAGGCUCCUGCACAGCCCCACAUGGCUCCUGAGGUGCGGGGUGCUGGGCCUGAUGACACCCAGCCUGAUCCAGUGUCUGAGUUCCUCUCCUGGAGGAUGUCCACCACCACCACUGCCUGUUUUGAGCAGCUUUGCUCCUUUUUGCUCCCCAGAUACAAAACACAAAGAGAGCCUUCUCUAAACAGGAGAUUUGAUUUUCAAGACACUAUGAAAUGUUUUGUGGUUUUCUUUUUUUUUUUUUGCAAAGAUUUUAAUUCGUAAGUCUUUCAAACAUCCACAGAAAGUUAUUACCUGACCUUGAAAACUCAUGGGAAAUGAUUCUCUGUUUUUCCAACCUGCUGUGUCCACUAGCAGGGAAAAAUAAGUUCUUCACUCAGUGCAAGGGUGUUUACUGUCUGCGUUGCUGAUGACUUCAAAGGUUUCAUCUCCCCAGAAGGACUGCCUGGGAGUUUGUUGUUGCUCUGUUUAUGAGAGACAGCAGGAAAAUAAUGAGACUUCUGCCCUCAGAAGCAGAUUCAGGAAGACGACUCCACGGUUGGUGCUGGGUGGGCCUGAGAGUGUUGAACUUACAGGAACUAAGCCAGCCAUGUCCAUACUGGCCAGAGAUAUGGGUUUGAGCUCCCUGUGCCAUCCUGUGCCUACAAAUCCCAGGGGUGAGCAGGGGACUCAAUUUACACCCAGAGCAGUAUGAGCCAAUGCAUCCGUGCAACACAACUUGUAGUUGUGUCAUGAGUGAUUGCACCCAUGAAGAAGGGGAGAUGGGAAGAGACAGGAGCUGCUUGAACCUGUGUCCAGUCUAACCGUGGUUGCCUCGUUUGUUCCUUUACUGUUAGUGCGUGAUGCCUCUCACCCCAUCCCAGGCUGUAUCCUGUGCUUCCUUUACCACUUCUCUCCGAAGAUCCCUCCUUUCUCAGCCCUGUCUGACCAGCCAAAAGCUGCAGAGGCAAGGGUGAGUCCUGGGAAUGGCAGCAGACUUGCAGUGCUGGGCUGGGAAGAGACUGUUGUACUAGGGCUGUACUCCUGUUCUUGCUCUCUCCAGAAAUGCUCCUCACACACAGAGACUGGGGGCUGAAGGGAACAGUAACUUCAGUUGAUAAGUGAACUUCUUGAUGAGCAAAUUGCCCCUGGGAUAACUGAGAGCAAACCUACAGCCCUGUUCUGCACUUAAUCUCCCAGUGGUUUUAUAGGUAUAUGGAGGCAGUGCAAGGUGUGGGUGAAAACUGGACACCACCAUCUGAAGCAUCACAGGUCCGUAAACACCUACCAUGUACUGGAGACCAUGGUUUUAUUAAGUUGGCAGCAGGAGGAGAGUUUGUGCUUGAAGCUUCAUGGCCUUGCACCAAGCCCACGACAAAGCUGCUGCCUCCCAGCUGAUGACCACUGAGGCCAUUCGCUCCUCUGAUUCAUACCUGUGGGGGAGCUGCAGAGAGUUCUCAGCACUCUUUGGAAGAAGAAUUCUUAUGCUCAAAACAAGGUUUUGCUCCUGUUUUCACUGGGGACAAGCUCUCAGCUUCAGAAUUGCUCUGAUAACUUUGCAAUCACUUUGAUAGUUCCAGAGGGGAGCACAGUCCCUUUACAGAACAGAUGGAGACACAUUUUCAGGACCAUUCCACUUUGCUAUAACUCUGGUUUUGGUAAAUGAUUUCUUUUGCUGUAACAGGAGGAGCAAAAUUUGGCCAGUGCUGAAUGCUCUUGAAAACUAUUUUCCUGAACUCGGAUUCGAGUCCUCCCAGAUAAAAAACACCUUCCACACGCUUCAGUGGCACUGGGGAUUUCAGCAGCUUGCAGGAUCAGGCUUUCACAGCAGCAGCAGUUUCAUGAUGGCAGUGAUUUUGUGUGUGUCUAUCUGCACUUGCCUGCAAUGCAUGACUUUAGUGAUCUUUUUGAAAUCUCCCUUUGACAGGGAGAUCUGAGCUCUGCCUUCUUCCAUAUGGCUGUGUGUAUUUAACAGGAAAUCAGGGGAGUGGGAGAAAGCUAACGAGGUUGCUGCUUUAAAGCACUUGGUUCCACAAGUAAAACAGACCUUCCCAGACACUGGCUUGCUUUUAGCAUGGGUAACUCAUGAAAUAUUUAAGCAUUGUGAUACAGAUACACCUUUUUCUUGCUGUGCCAGGAAUGAAGCAGACUAGAAAGGCUUGGCCUCCACCCCUACAGAUGCUUGCCUGUGGCAGAAGUUUGAGCCAUUGAAAUCACAGGGGAAAAUAACAACCAAGCAAAGAAAACCCAACAGACUGUGAGCCCAUAGCAGAGCGGUCACAGCUUGUUUAGCAAUGGGAGCAUCUUACCGUGAGGGCUGCUGCUUUCCUGCCCUAUUCUUCUUCCUACCUGGCCAGGUUUCAGGGAAAAAGGAAGGAGGAAGCACUUUAAAAGCAAGGGAUUCAAACCAAUGAGCCUUGUCCUGAGCAUCCCUCAUUGGACAGGAGCCCACAGGCCAAGGCUUUGCAGCUAUGCCUUGCUACCAUGGUGGGGAAGUGGGUGAAUAACACUGGGGAAAGCAUUUUAUUUCCAUAAGUAUCCUUAAUGCUUUAAAAAUUUAAAGGGUAAAUACUGAAAGAGAUGAUCUAAAAGAGCAAAAGAUUUGGGGCUUCUUUUUGUUCCUUUGUUUUCAUGUGUUGGGUUUGGGUGGAGAAAGCCAACAAAAAGCAUAUCAGAUUGUUUUGGAUUCAAUCAUGUAUUUUGUUCUCACAAGAAUUGCUAACAGAGAUUUAAAGAUUUUCCAAGGGCAACAAAACUGCCUUAAUACAUAUUCAGCUCCAACAAGAGACAUUAAUGCUACUUGCUUCUGAGCCUGCUUUAUUCUUUUUCUCUCUGCAUGAUUGUGGCAUGGAAUCACGUCUUGACAAAAUACGUUUUACAAUACUCGACAGGAUGUCCGCAAACAGAAGAUGGUGUUUCAGCAUCUCCCCGUGCACAGCAUUGAAGUGAUGGCUUUGAAGCCAGUGAAAUUCAAUGCCCAGUCUCUGCUUUGCUAGAAUUCUACACAAUAGGCAAAUGUCCACAAUUCCCAAGGUUAAACAUGCUCUGCUGCCUUCAGAUGCCUUCAAACAGCCCAGGGAUUUGUAUGCUGAAAAGAGCUUGAGAAUAGAUUUCCUGGUCUGCAGCACCAUCCCCAGCUCUUCCAGAGUGUGCACAAUUCCCCAGGCAGCAGAUGAACAGACGAAGAUGACUUUCAACCAGGACUCGUUGCUUUUUAGAUUGAAUGGAGUUAGAAACACGAGUUCGGCCGGCCACCCGGGGAUUCUGAUAUUCAGUGCCAAUUCAUCUUUGUAAUAGUAACAGGGGUUUAGUCCCAUGAUUCCCUUAGGCACCUUUGAAAAGCAUAAGCCUCAAAGGUUGGUUUGGAUUAGUUUUUCUCCUGAUGGCCUUUUUCCCUGGUGCCGUGAUGAGAAAGGGGACUGGUCUGUGAAGGGUGGCAGCCUUGGGGCAGGCAACUCCCAAACGUUCCAUGGCAGAGGUUUCCUAAACCUCAACAUCUUCGGAUGUGAGUAAAUUCUGCUGUGCUGGAAGGGACUCCAACCUCUUGCUGCUCUCUGGUCCUCCUGCUCCUUCCUCCCUCCCCUCAGCACCUCUUCAUAUCACUGUGCCUUCAUUUGGGUUAUCAAAUGAUGCCAUGAUUUAACACUGGCACAUUGUCUUUAUUCUCACUUUGCAUCCCAUAAACAGGUAUGUGUGAAGGGGGAGGUGUAGCUUAUUUUGUAGCUUUUCACGUGAUCCUGAGGUAGGUUUCUUCUGAGGAGCAAGGGGGUGGGGACGGUGGGAGGAGGGAUGGAUGAGCUGGUGUUGUAUUUGAUCAUACCAGUGCUUUAAGCGGUUACAAACAUGGUUUUCCCCUACCUCUGAGCUCUCAAUGCUGCUAAAAUCUCUGCCAUUCGUACAAUGUACUCCAGCCCCCUCUCUUGGACUGACUCUGGCUCUGUUUGCAAGAUACCCACAUUGUUCUAAAGCAUGCACCUCUUUCUGUAUAGUUCCAAUCUUCUGAUUUUAUGGAAUACUUAUGCCUGUUUGCAUUACAGUCAAAAUAAAAAAGUGCACUAAAACCCA